AUGUCCAACUUCAUUCAGAGUCUCAAAAAGUCCUUCGUAGACGUCCCUGUGACCGAGGACGGUGUAGAGACCGCCUCGUUCUUGGAUGCGUCUGAAGGCCUUUGCGCUCUGUUUGAUCAUUUCAACGCUGCCGCAUUCGGGCCGGUGCAGAGCGACCUCCAUGGUAAUAUCGCGAAAGUGCGCACACGUCUUAAUUCCCACCCAUCCGAAUCUGCUACCCUUGAAAAACUCGUCGCGAACGAGAAAAAGGAGAGCAAACAACCCGCUACCGAGGGAUUAAUGUGGUUACUCCGCGGCCUCGCAUUCACAUGCAAAGCUCUCCAGCACUGCCAAGCAGACCAAACGGCCGAACUCACAGCGGGAUUUAAUAAAUCGUAUCCUGAAACUCUGAAGCCGUACCAUAACUUCGUUGUUAAAGGGGUUUUCGCUGUGGCAUUGAAGGCUUGCCCUUACCGCAAAGACUUUUAUACCAAGAUUGGAUCCCCUCCGGAUGAUCAGCUAAACGCCUGGCUAGGCGCUCUGGAUGCCAUUGUCACGCGCAUGGAUGCCUUUUAUAAGGCUGGUGGCCACGGAGAGGUUUACAAAGCCUAA